AUAAAAGUUGGCUGUUUUUUUUUUCUUGUCUUUCUAUGCACAGUAAACAUUGCCCUUGGAAAGGCCACAAUUCAGUCUUCGACAUUUAACAAUACUCAACUGGGUGUGUCAGGUGUGUCAGGGAAUGCAGUGGAUGGUAAUUCCAAUACUGUAUUUAGAUAUGGAAGCUGUGCACAUACUCGGGGAAACAAUCCAAGCUGGUGGAGAGUUGAUCUGGGUUCAGAUAAGGUGGCAGUCUCUGACAUAUUCAUAGUCAACAGAUUUUCAACACAUACCACUGUGUUGGCCAGAAGUGAAAACUAUAAAAUUGCAUUGGGUGACAACUCACAAGUGGUAAACAACACUUGGUGUAAAGGACUCUACAGUUUUGUCAACUACUCAGCAUCAGCUGUUUGUUUUACCGACCCACUGACAACUGGCAGAUAUGUGGAGAUAUCGACAGUAAAGAGACAAUUUCUUAACCUCUGUGAAGUGGAAAUCUAUUUGCGAGAUAAUCUUGCAUUUAGAAAACAAACAGAACAAAGCAGUGUACAGUAUGGUGGUGUGAGUAGCAGGGCAGUUGAUGGAAUAAGUAACCCAAGCUAUAAUGCUGGAAGCUGUACCCACACUGGCAGAGAUUACAACCCUUGGUGGAGAGUUGACCUGGGACAAGUUGAACCAGUUUCAGAAAUAUACUUAGUCAACAUGAUAGAUAAAUGGUUUUUCAGACAGAAUAGUUUUGAGAUCAGAGUGAGCACAGUAUCUGAUAAUAAUGGAGGAAUUGCCAAUCCCAGGUGUGGUGAUAAGCAGAGUUAUAGUCUUCCAAGAGGAAAAGGUGUAUCCUUUUUCUGCCGCCCUGUUUUGUUUGGAAGAUAUGUGACAGUACGAAGUUUAAGAACUCAUCAUGAAUACUUCACACUUUGUGAAGUUGAAGUUUAUUCUGAAAGGAGAGCUUGCCAAAUGCAAGCCAUUGGUGUGGCUAGCACUGACACACUCCCUGAUGCCAGCUUCUCAGCAUCAAGUGAAUGUAGCGGUUUUGAAGCUUUUAAAGGUCGACUGAAUGCAUAUGGGGGAUGGUUACCAAGUACAAAUAACAAAAGUGAUGAUUACCUUCAAAUUGAUCUGCAGUACGAGUUUCUUAUUUGUGCUGUAGCUACUCAAGGGAGGUCAACUUAUGACGACUGGACAACAGAAUACAAGUUACAGCUAUCCUUUGAUGGUUCCACUUUUGUAACCUACAAGGAAAAUAAUGUUGACAAGAUUUUCAGUGGCAAUUCUGGAAGACAUGAAAUUGUCAAACAUAUUGUCAGAGAUGUGAGGGCAAGGUUCAUCCGUUUCCAGCCUGUCAAGUUCGAGAGAAACAAAGCUUUGAGAGUAGAGGUGUAUGGAGUACUUAUGUCCAAAGUUCCCUCACAAGCACCCAGUAACUUGACUUUGUCUGCAAGUUCCUCUACAAGUAUUGCAGUUUCCUGGCAGUUACCUCCCGUGUGUUCCAGACAUGGGAUCAUUGUAGGAUACAAAUUGUUCUACAAAAAGAAAGGGUUUAUGGGGUCAAUGUCUGUUGAAACUAUCAAUGGUGGAACAACCUUUUCUGGAGAUAUUACUGGUCUGGAUAAGUACACGGAAUAUGAAUUUCAAGUGUUGGCUUUUACUUCUCAUGGUGAUGGAGCAAAGAGUUCUGUUGUGGUGGAGAGAACAAUGAAAGACGAACCUAGGGGUGGCCCAGCUAAUGUGUUAUCUGCUGAGGUCAACGAGACCACCUUUAACAUUUCAUGGGCACCUCUAUCAAGAGAACAGACCAAUGGCGACAUCAUUCUGUAUAAUGUCAAAGAAGAAUUGUUGUCUCGGGGAACAAGCCAGAAAAGAUCUUCUUUGAGUAGCAAAACAGUUAAUACAACAAACACAUUCAUUUUAUUGAAUGGAUUACGGCUUUGUUCGCAAUACCAAGUGUCUGUUCGAGCUUAUACCAAAGUAGGACCCGGUCCAUAUGGUCCACCUCUAGAACUACCGAGAACAGCAGACCCAGGAACACCUUGGGGGUUGAGUGCUUCAAAUGUUGGAACAACGCAAGUGAGACUAGAAUGGAAAGAGCCUAAGCUUACUACGAAAGAAGGCAUCAGCUAUAGAGUGAAGUAUCUCGGAACAAAGCCUUACAAUGAGAGUUUUCGAGAGGAAGGUUUUCAAGAUGUGGGCAGUUCCACUUCCUACACAAUGAAAGGUUUAGUUCCAGGUUCUAUCUACGAGUUUCAGAUUAUUGUAAGCUCUGUAUGUGGACUCGGAGUACCCAAAGGAUUUCCUGAUAGGGUGGAAACAGAGAUGACAGGUAGACAUUUUCUAUUCUAAAGUCAGUUAGAAUUUCAGUAUCAUUGCACGACACGUGGGAAGUAACUCCUUCAAAACAUAAAGAUAAUCUU